GCGGUCUGUAAACUCGCAGCUCAAUUCUGACCUACAGUCAAAAGACAUCGAAAGUUUCUCUGGACACCCGGAGGCUCCAUCGCAGUUUAACUGGUGACCAACAAGGUUACGCACCCGGUGCGUGUGGGAGAUGAGCAGUCCCGAUGCGGGCUACGCCAGUGACGACCCGAGCCAGACCCGCGGCUCCAGCUCAGUCAUGAUGCCAGGCAUGAGGCAGUGCGCGUGGCCGGACCCCCUCAGCCCGCUUGCCGAACCCAAAGCAAAGAGCGAAACGUGCCCUACUCCCGGGCGCGGAAAGAGCGAGGCGCGCAUCCGCAGGCCCAUGAACGCAUUUAUGGUCUGGGCGAAAGAUGAGCGCAAGAAGCUUGCGCAACAAAACCCAGAUCUCCAUAACGCGGAGCUCAGUAAAAUGCUCGGCAAGUCCUGGAAGUCUUUACCAAUGGUGGACAAACGGCCAUUCGUCGAAGAAGCUGAACGCUUACGAGUAAAACACAUGCAGGACCACCCAAACUACAAGUAUCGGCCACGGCGUCGCAAGCAGGUGAAAAGAAACAAGCGACUUGACUCUGGCUUCUUACUGCCCGGUGUAAUGGAUACCCAGAACCCCCUGGGCAUAGAGGGCAUGGCCGUGGGUUAUUCAGGACUUUCACAAGCCGGACUGCCUCCGUACUGCGAGCCCCAAGCGUUGUUCGAGACCUACAGCCUGCCUACACCCGACCCCUCGCCUUUGGAGGCCGGGCCUCCCGAAUUCUUCACCCAUCUGCAGGACGAACAGAACCAGUCGGCAUAUGGCUACCAUCACCCUCAAGAGUUCUCUCUUCAGGAACAAACGCACGCGGGCGCUCGCUGCCACGGCACACAUCACUCCAAUCCUAAUCCUCAUGCAAACACUCAUGCACCUGGCAACACGCAGCUUAACCUGAUGAACCAACAGCAACCGAGUAACGUGAGCGGUAACCUGCAGAAUACUCAGUCUAACCACUCCAUCUCUCACGCUUUGUUCAACAGAAGUCUUUCCCCAUCUUCUCAUCAAACCACACCUCCCGCUUACCUGAGCUGCCAGUCGACUUUAGGGGUCUUUUAUAGUGCUGGCUCUCAGUUAAAGCGCUCUUACGAUGAACUCUCGCUUCCACGCUCGCAGGUCCCUGCGCAGACACAGAAUCAAAGUCAAAGUGAAAUGGUGGAUGAGGUGGACAGCAAUGAGUUUGAGCAGUACCUCUCGUUUGGGGUUCCUCAGGGACCCGUGCAGGGGAACGACCUGAUCUCCAACGUACUGUCUGAUGCCAGCACCGCCGUGUACUACUGUGGCUACAAUAACUCCUGAACAGACCUGUUGCUUGUGUCUUUAUGGUAGCAGCUCUCUAUCUAUAAAACAUACAUGACCCCACAACUCACAGAUUGGUUUUAUUUGAAAUAUCAAACAUUUUAAAUGUUUGUGUCAUUAGUUUUAUGUAAACAUGAAAGUGAAUAUUUUUUAAUAUUGUUUUUUGGUCAUAUUGUUCUUGGGAACUGGGUGAUGAAACCCCUGCAAAACUGCUGAAUAUAAAUAUGAAACAUGUUGAAAACAUUAUGAAGCACUGUAAAUAUUCUGACCAUUGAUUUGUACAGUAACAGCCUUAUGAAGCCAUUGUAUAAUUUUGUACUUUUUGCAAUUUUGAAAAAAAUAAAAGUCUAAAUGCAU